AUGGCAGCUGCCCUUGUAGCCCUUCCCACGGUCCAGCGGCUGAGCCCGCGCUGCAUUCGAAUCUUGGGCGGCAACCCGGGCAAAUUCGCGCUGCAGGGCACCAACACCUAUCUGUUGGGUUCUGGGAAUGCUCGCAUUUUGAUUGAUACCGGCGAAGGUCGCCCAGCUUGGAUACAAAUGCUGAAGCAGACGCUCGCUGACGAGAAUGCGACGGUGAAGCUGGCACUGAUAACACAUUGGCAUCAUGACCACACCGGCGGGAUCGGAGACCUGAUGGCUGCUUUCCCUCAAGUGGAAGUAUUCAAGAACAGCCCGGAUGAAGGACAGUUGCCUAUUCAGGAUGGCGAUGCGUUCCAAGUCGAAGAUGCAACUUUAACAGCCUGCCACACGCCCGGGCAUACGAAAGAUCACAUGGUGUUCGUGCUCGCCGAGGAAGAUGCAAUGUUUGCGGGCGACAAUGUUCUUGGGCAAGGCACUGCCGUGUUUGAAGACUUGGCGACAUAUCUUCAGAGUCUGAAGGAGAUGAAGACACGCUUCUCCGGACGACUUUAUCCUGGACAUGGCCCGGUGGUUGACAAUGGGCCCGACAAGAUUGCCGAGUAUAUCGAGCACCGCCGUCAGCGAGAGGAAGAGGUCUUACGCGCAAUGAGGGGCGGCACCCCAAACAGUGACUCUAACGGCAACAGCACCGGCAACAGGAAGGCGUGGACGCCCAUGGACAUUGUCAAGAUUGUAUACAAGGAUGUGCGUGAGGAUCUACACAUGGCGGCUUGCGGCGGGGUUGUGCAGAUGCUGGCCAAACUAGAGCAGGAUGGAAGGGUGAGGCAGACUGAGGACGGAUGGCAGCUGCAAGAUGCUAAGAGUGCGAUAUAA